AUGGUGCGAAGGAAAGUAGACGCUUGCAGACGGGAAAUUUUUCACGUCACAGACCAUGCAGGCCGAACAGCAAGGAUCCUUUGGUUACGCAGCCCGACCGAAGUCCUUCUCCCUCUUGCAAGCAUCUGCUUCUACUUCGUUCAUCCAAAUCUGGAUGUGAAUGAUUUCGACUUUUGGAAAUUCAGGAAUGAUGUACUACACAACGCGGAGGAUUCGCUUCAACUUCGGGUCAACAUAUUCUUCAUCCCUGGGGGCACUGACGCCGAGUGUGUGGAGCAUUACCACAAGGAGGUUAAGUCUCGCGGCGACGUCCUUGAGCAAAUUCGGGAAGUCCAGGAGGCUUACAAGGACUUCUACAACAAUCACGGAUAUGUACACGAGGAAAGAAAGAAAGGAAAGCUUCCCGGCCUGUUUACGUCUCGCCUGGGCGAAAGUACAGGUUAUCACGGCCUGAUCUUUGUAUUCAAGAAGGCAACUUGGAACCUCAAAGAAGACGACAAAAAGUUGGACAUGGUUCAGUUUGAUCCGAAGCUCAUAUUGGAGGAGUUCGGGCCAGGAGAAAGGAUUCCAAUACUAGAACCUGUCAAAACAACACGGGUCCGAGCUAAGAAAGCUAGGCGAGAAAGAUUGGAUUAUGAUAGUGAUCCAGUGCAAAGAGGGUCUGAGGAUGAAGCGGUUUGGUGGUGGUUUGAAAACCGGAGAGACAGCCGGCUGUGGAGGGGAGCGAUAGAAGCCAAAAAUAUAGCUAUGUCACUCGGAUGGACAGCGUGGUAA